ACACAUGUAAAAAUAAACGAAAACGGCGAAACAGAGGCAAGAAAACGUGUUUAGAUCUUCGUCCUCUUUCUAUAUUUCAUUUAGCACCCUAUGUACUGUGAUUCUUGCACGAAAAGUUGAUUCUUGCUCGAAGUAAUCUAUACGCUUUUCUAUAAACCAAAGAAAUGGUUGUGGUUUCCUCCGCGUUCUCCGCGCCGGCUGAAGGAAUCCUUCUUCAGCAGCCAUCGGUGAAGCUGCUGAUAAAUGAUCAGGAACUGGGCACUGGAACCCUCUUCAUCACUGAACAGAAUGUAACAUGGGGUGGCGGUGUGCUGACGGCCGGCGGUGCAGCCCCGACUAUCUCUCUUCAGUACCCCACCAUAUCUCUGCAUGCUAUCCAGAGAGAACCUACACCAGCCCUGUACAUGGUCUUGAACUAUGAACUCAGACUACCAGAGCUGGGCAUUGUUGGUGGCUCCGGAGAUGCCAACGAGGAUGAUGAUGACUUUGACGCUGAAGAGACUCCCAUCACACAGCUACGAUUCCUGCCGCAGAGUGAGAACGACCUGCAGCCGCUGUACACCGCCAUGAGCCAGGGCCAGGCUCUGCACCCGGACCCUCAGGACGAGGUGGACGAUGAGGACUCUUACAUGGACGGAGAGGAGUUUGAUGAAGGCGACGAGGAGUUUGAAGACGCCGUGGAGCGGACGCCCGAGGACGCGGCCGCGGAGCUGAGCCUGCUGCGCCUCGCCAACUCCAACGGAGACAGCUGCCAAGAAGAGGAAGAUGAAGCUAUUGGUGAUAAUCCAUAGACAUUGGCAUGACAUAGAAGGAGGUCGGACGCUGGGACGCAGAAAACGGAGUCAAUCCACAGUAAAAUAUCAGUACAGUAAAGCCAUCCUGUAGUAAUUAUUGCACUUCAAGGUACGCCUAAAUCUAUUUAAUUGUAUUUAUCUACUUGUAUUGUACGUACUACUACUUUGUAUAACUUUGUUCUUUCUUGAUGGAUAUGAGUAGUUUUAAAAGUGAUUCGUCUGAAUGUUUAUACUUUGUCGGCCUUAGUAUUUGGAAUACAAUGUGUGAAUGAUCAUCGUAUAAAAAUAUAAUGAAGAAAAACGUCAUAUCUAAAUGUUGCGU